ACAUGGAGAAAUUCCGCAAAGCACAUGAUAAGGAUAUACUGGUUCUAUGGCACAUCCCAUACAAAAUCAGUGUGAUUCUACAAACUUUAGUCUGCGAGGGCCGUACAGACUCUGUAGGAUAGCCUUGUCAUUUCAGAGAGGAAAUUCUGUUGCCCAGAGAGGUGAACUGAUGGCCCAACUGAGUGGCAGAGCUGGGAACAAAAGUGAAGUCCUUUGAUUCCUGACUUUCUCUGCUUUCACUUUUACUGUAGGGCUCCUCUGCCCCCCUCCCAAUACUGUGAGUGCAUCCCUCAUCUAUCAGUUAAGUAAAUGGUACUUGGUUUUUUUGUUUUUAUGGCCGCACCCAUAGCGUAUGAAGGUUCCGGGGUCAAGGAUUGAAUCCAAGCCGUAGCUAUGACUUAUGCCUCAGCUGCUGUGGCAGCUCUGGAUCCUUUAAUUCACUGUGCCGGGCCAGGGAUCGAACUCUUGCCACUUCAGUGACCCAAGCUGCUGCAGUCACAUUCCUAACCCACCAUGCCACAGGGGGGACUCCAUAAAUGGUAUAUGUUGAUCGCAUAUAUGUGCCUGGCUCUGACCAAGGACCCUAUGACUUAUAAUGUAUCAUGAAAUACCUCUCCAUCCUGGAGGUGCCAGCUGGGGAAAGACAUUCCCUCCAAACACUUGUGUAAUGUACACUAAGCAGGCUUCCUUCCAGAGGCAAGAAACACUUGAAAGAGUUGGGUCCCAGAUCAGAUGAGAAUCUAUUCACAUUCAGGAUAUUCUCUUACAGAGAAAUUCCUCCUACUAGUUAACAUAUUUCACAAAUUCAAGACCUUCAGUGAAACCAAAGCUCUGCUGGGUAUUUAAAAAUAUUCUUUAUGAUUGUGUUUGCCUAACUUCUUUCUUGUCUAACUUCUAUUUCUAUAUUAUCCUAAGAAUACUUGUAACUCAUAUAUAUUUUUUCACUCCCUGCUCUAUUUGGGGUGUCAGAAAGGACAAAGGGCAGGUGUCAGUGGGUACCCCACUAGCCAUCGGUGCAACAUCAGAGAAAUCUCCCAGCCCUGCUAAGUCCCCCAAAUGCAUCUGAAACUAUGGAUAAAACUCUUUGUUUUGCCUCCCUCACAGGUUUGUUGUAAAGAUCAAGCAAAACAUGUAUGUGAAACUGCCCUGAACAGUAUAAAGCAGCAAUCAAAUGUAAAGCAUUAAACUCUUUGCCCUUUUCCCUUGCUUCUCUAAGUGAUCUUUGGUGUUUUGCUUGUGCCUGCUGUCAGAAAGUACUUAAAAUGGGGUCACUGCCUCUAAGCACAUUGGAGCAAGUGCUGCCAGCCCUUUUUCUUUAAAAAUAAGGAAGUGGUCCUGUCCUUGGAGCAGGUAAUAGAAAACGUUUGCUAUGUGGCAUCUCCUCUGCUCAGGUUCACCUUGCCGAUGUGCACAGAAAUUACAAUUCACUUCUGUUCCAUUCAGGAACCGAGGGACGCCCAGAGAACCCCAUUGAACUGAACCUACCUGUAGCAUUCAGGUGCCCUCCGUAUUGUUUUCCUCACCUGUAAUAUUGGGGUAAUAGGUCUCCACCUCACAGGGUUUUUGUAAAGAUGAAAUGAGUUAACUAUGUAACCAAGCCUGGAACAAAAUAAAUGUUUGAUAAGUGUUAGCCAGGGUUGUUUUGUUUGUUUGUUUGCUUGUUUGUUUAUUUGAAUUGAGCAUGCACUUGGGCUCCGAACGGUGCUACCCUCUUGAGAUACACAGAAAACUUUCUGCUCCUGCAGGGGCUACAGUUCCAUUACCGGAGGCUGAGGUUAGGAAGCGUAGCGAGUUAAUAUUUUCCCCAGACAAUUUGCUCCCCUAAGAAUGCCCCCUUAGCUGACUUUCUGCACAGUAUUAUUCUGAGAGCCCCUCUAGUUUCUACUAGGAGUCUGAUUCAAGCUCUGGCCUUGUAUCCCAUGGCAUCUGCAUAUCCCAUCGGUGAGCGGGUUUCGAACUGAAAAGGCGAAUGGGUUCGGAGCCUAACAGAAGUUGGGAACCUGUGGGAAACCCGGGUGAAGGAGAAGGGUUUUCUGUAGCUCGGAGCCGCAGGGUCCCACAGCCACGAGUGGCAAAUAGCUUCUUGGCUUUUCCCGCAGCCCGAGUGAGGUUUGCGGUGCUUUUACCUCUCGCAGUGGUGGAAUAGCUGCCGGGAACCGGUGUGCCAGCGCCGCAGCCCAGGUGGCGCAGAGGGGGCGCGGGACAGCCGGCGGAGGGGUCAGCGCGCCCGGUGGUUGCAGCUACACGUGGAGGGGAGGAAAGUUUGCAUGCCCGGGAGGUCGAAGCGGCUGAGGGGCGCACCCGGCGGUGGCCGUGAGGUGGGCCGCGCCGCCAGGCUGGGAAGGGAGCACCGCGGGCCCUCCACGGGACGCGCUCCCAGCCCCCUCCCUGCGCACCCCACCCCUUCCCUCUGCCGCGCAAGCAGCGCCGCGGCCCCCGUCAGAAGCGGCCGGAUCCGCCCCAGCCAAGCAGGGCCCGACUCGCACCCAGGACCCUGGGCCUCCGCCUUCCCUCUAGCCUGGGAGAAGCAUCCGGCCCUCCCCUCCUCCCGAGGAGCGACUCGGGCGGGCAGGACGUCCCGAGAAGGCCGCCCGCCCGCGGCCACGUCCCGGCCCGGCCCGAGCGCGCCGAGGAGCGGAGCCAGGGGCCGGCGCUCGCUCCGGCUCCCUCCCGGGCGCGCCGGAGCCGGGGGCGGCUGCUCCGGCUGCAGCCUCGAGGGCCUACGCCUCCCCCGGCCCAAGCUUCCCGCGGCUCCCGGCAACUUCAUUCGUCUCCUGCCACGGGGAGCAAGCUCGCCCAUCAGAGUGCGGCGGCUGCGGGCGCCGAGUCCCAGACGGCACCGACGCCAAAAGCGUCGUUUCCUCUCAUCUACCAGGUUCUCACAGCCCGGCCCGAACAUGCUGGACGGCUUGAAGAUGGAGGAGAACUUCCAAAGUGCCAUCGAGACGUCGGCCUCUUUUUCCUCGCUGCUGGGCAGAGCUGUGAGCCCCAAGUCUGUCUGCGAGGGCUGUCAACGGGUCAUCUCGGACAGGUUUCUGCUGCGGCUCAACGACAGCUUCUGGCAUGAGCAGUGCGUUCAGUGUGCCUCCUGCAAAGAGCCCCUGGAGACCACCUGCUUCUACCGGGACAAGAAGCUCUACUGCAAGUAUGACUAUGAGAAGCUGUUUGCUGUCAAAUGUGGGGGCUGCUUUGAGGCCAUUGCACCCAACGAGUUUGUUAUGCGGGCCCAGAAGAGUGUGUACCACCUGAGCUGCUUCUGUUGCUGUGUCUGUGAGCGGCAGCUGCAGAAGGGUGAUGAGUUUGUCCUGAAGGAGGGGCAGCUGCUCUGCAAAGGGGACUAUGAGAAGGAGCGGGAGCUGCUCAGCCUGGUGAGCCCGGCAGCAUCAGACUCAGGCAAAAGUGAUGAUGAAGAAAGUCUUUGCAAGUCAGCCCAUGGGGCAGGGAAAGGAGCCCCUGAGGAUGGCAAGGACCAUAAGCGCCCCAAACGUCCCAGAACCAUCUUGACAACCCAACAGAGGAGAGCAUUCAAGGCUUCUUUUGAAGUAUCCUCCAAGCCAUGCAGGAAGGUGAGGGAGACCCUGGCUGCAGAGACAGGGCUGAGCGUCCGUGUUGUUCAGGUGUGGUUCCAGAACCAGAGAGCUAAGAUGAAGAAGCUGGCUCGACGGCAGCAACAGCAGCAACAAGAUCAGCAGAACACACAGAGGCUGAAUUCUGCUCAGACAAAUGGUGGCGGGAGCGUUGGGAUGGAAGGGAUCAUGAACCCCUACACGGCUCUGCCUACCCCACAGCAGCUCCUGGCCAUUGAGCAGAGCGUCUACAACUCAGAUCCCUUCCGACAGGGUCUCACCCCGCCCCAGAUGCCUGGAGACCACAUGCACCCCUAUGGUGCUGAGCCCCUUUUCCAUGACCUGGAUAGUGAUGACACCUCCCUCAGUAACCUGGGUGACUGUUUCCUAGCAACGUCGGAAGCUGGGCCCCUGCAGUCCAGAGUGGGAAACCCCAUUGACCACCUGUACUCCAUGCAGAAUUCUUACUUCACCUCUUGAGCCCUCCCCUGGAGUUCUGUGGCUGGGCUCCUGGUCUGGAACAGCCUUAUUCUAUGAGGGGUUGGCCAGCUCUAGGUGGGGAGGCCAGGGAAGAGGUGGGUCGGGGAGGGAGUUUUGUUGGGGAUGCUGUUGUACAAUGAUAUGGUGUAGCUUGGCAUUUCCAAAGACCGAAUACAUUACGGAUUGCAUAGUUUAAUGUUUCUAAUAAGAGUCUUAGUGUUAGGUCUGAAGAUGUGUUUAUCUUUAAGGACAGGGACUUUUAAUAUAGGCAUUCUCAUGCAAACUAGAUACCUAGAGACCCCUAACAACUUCCCACCUUUUGAGGGGAAGCUCCUGUCUAGAGGUGCAAACAUCCACCCGUCCACACACCCAUAGACAGACAGACAGAUAGCUAGAUGUGUGUGUGAGUGUGUACCCUUCCAUACUGUAUCAUCAAAGUUUAUUCCUAAUUAUAACAGACACCAACUGUACAGCAAAAAGUAACUUUAUUUUCAGUGUGAACUAUAUUUAAGGAAAUGCUUGAUGCACUUAAGUUAUAAAAUGAGAUAAUUUACUUUUAUAAACUUUAUUUUUAGUUUGAAGAGACUUGUGGGCAGGGCAGAGAGCGCUGCUCCACUGAGACCCAUAGCUUUGAGUGCUUGAGUUAAUUCUGUUUUCAGAGAGUGUCACUGAGGACUGGAAAGGAACUCGGUGUGGCUGACAGUUUUCACUGGUGGAUUCUUGCUCUUUGAGGUUGAAUCACUGGUCUUUGGGUGGGUCAGAGCAAUUCCUGGUCACAUCCUUAGAAAAUUUAAAGCCUAGACCCUUCGGCUUUUUUGGAAAUUUGGACACGUGGCCGUUAGGCAGCAGUGGGAAGGUCAGUUCUGCUCUUGAACUUCAGCAUCUGCAAGGGUGGGAUGAGGCUGAUAGUAUGUACCUACCUCACUGGGGACACUGAGGCUUAAUUCACCCCCAGGACACAUGAGCAGGGCUGAGACUAAUAUCUGAUAUUUGCUUAAAAUACAACCAGACCAGUCUCUUGGCAAAGGUCUGCAGAGACUUACGUGGGGCUGUAGAGCAGGAACCUGAGGGCAACCCUGCCUGCCCUGGUCCCUUCUGCAAAGCCUGGGCUGCAGGUAGCAGCUCAAGGCAGCUUGGGAAGAUGCCAGAGGCCUUCAGCGGGGAGGAGGCUGUGACUGAUGGGUUGAAGAGGGCAUGAUCAUGGUCAUGUUCUAAACCAGGGAUUAGUAAACUACAGCCUGCAGGCCUAUGUGUUAUGGCCUGCCCUCUACAAAGG